CCAAGGCAUGCAGGAUUGAAAGCAAAAAGUGGUCGCGUUGGAUCUAUUUGAGAACGCGAACCCUCAGAUCUGGUAUCUUUGGAUCUUUGUCUCUUCGCCCUUGUUGGUUUUUCGUUGCCAGCGGUACCAGGUACUGCCCAUCUCUAAUAUCAGUCUCUAUUACUUAGACGACUAGCUAGUAGUCAUACCAUGACAUCCCUGACCACACCAGCAGAAGAAGAUCAAGCCACCAAGGGCGCGACAUUGGCCAAGAAGUACUAUGAUUCCGAUGACGCCCAAAAGUUUUACUCCAUGAUUUGGGGUGAAGAAACCUUGCACAUUGGACGCUACGAUAUGCUCACGGAACAGGACAAGAAUACCCUCUCCGUUCACCAACAAAUUUCCAAGGCACAAGAAUACCACGAACAAGAAUUCAUUCGGCACAUUCAAAGCAAAUUUAGCUAUGAAAAUAUUACUAGUAAUCCUCCAGAAGACGUGGUUACAGUUACAUGCUUGGACAUGGGAUGUGGCUACGGAGGUCUGCUCCGACGACUGGUACAAGCCGGGGCCAUUCAAAAAGCCACUGGAUGCGAUAUUUCCCAAAAAAUGUGCCAACAGGCGCGACGUCUCAAUCAGGAACAACACUGUGCCGACAAGAUUGAGAUUGUCGAAGAAUCCUAUUUGGCGGUUCCAAGCGUCGCCGACGGGUCUUGCAAUCUCGUCAUUAGCAUGGAUGCUCUCUUGCACGUCGGACCCAACGGGCAAGCCACGGCCAUGCAAGAAGCCGCUCGCGUCUUGCAACCCGGUGGAUGGAUGAUCUUUAGUGAUAUCAUGCAACAAGAAAUUGUCGACCCCGACGAAAUGAAACCCAUUUACGAUCGCAUUCAUCUCUCGAAAAUGGGAACCGUCUCCAACUAUAAGCAGGCCAUGGAAGCAGCCGGAUUUGACAACUUUGACUUUUUGCCCAAUGCGUCCACCAACGUGUCGGCACACUACGGAUCCGUCUGUACCGUUCUGGAAGAAAAGGGAGACGAACUAGGAAUUAGUGACGAAUACCAGCAAAAGAUGAAGGCCGGUUUGAUUACCUGGAGAGAUCUGGGAGAAAAGAACAUUGUGUGGGGCUUUGUUGUGGCGCAAAAGAAACAGUAGAUGAUUAUGUGACCACCAGGAAACCUCGUUGGAUGGAUGGAGGGAUGGAUGGAUGGAUCAGUUGAUCAAACGAUACUGCUAUUAGUAAGCAGUCCAACUAACCAGGUUUUGCUCGUCUGUGUCAUUCGUCAAUAGCUAUUCCUGCUACUGUACUACAUUGAGCUCCCGGC